AUGCUCCAAUGCCACGUCAAAAACUGCAACACCAACAACUUCCCCUUGCGAUUCGAAGACGUGCAACUCGAUCUGAUUGAAGCCGAUUACAACCCAGAGUUUCUUGUCAACAUGUUGCCCAAGAUCGAGUGGGAGGCUCUUGUCAACACUGCUCUUCAACUUGGUAUCUCCAGUCUCCCUGCACAACUUCCAGAGAAUGCUGCUGAUAAUGAGGAAUUUUUGAAAGCCCUUCAUGGUGUGAUCCUGGAGACUCACGUGCAACAAGGCAAGAUGAUUUGUCCCAACUGCAACCAUGAAUACAAGAUCAAAGAUGGCAUUCCCAAUAUGCUUUUGGCUGAGCAUGAGAUUUAA